CAAGGCAAACUAGGACCCGGAUCCGACCCAAUCGCCUUCUCAAUCCGGCCCGCAGAUGGCCCGGGAAUCAGCAUGUUUUUACAAGAGUACAAUGUGUCCUUUUAUUUAAAAUGCAUCUCUGGGUUAUUUGUGGGGCCUGCCUGGUGUUUUUACAUGAGUAGAAUGUGUGCUUUUAUUUAAAAUGCAUCUCUGGGUUAUUUGUGGGGCAUAGGAAUUUGUCCUCCCCCCCCCCCAAAAAAAAUACAGUCCGGCCCCCCACAAGGUCUAAGGGACAGUGGACAGGCCCCCUGCUGAAAAAGUUUGCUGACCCCUGCUUUAAGCCCACUAUCUCAGACUCAAACUACCUGUUACAUGGGAGAUCCGUGUUUCCAUGGGCUUCCUGAUUUGGAAGUUGGGGGGUGGAGGAGACACUUAUGAUAUUUUCUCCGAUGGGAAGCAAUAACAGUUGGGGAUGAAGUCACCCUCUGCCUCUGCCAAGGUCAGGCUGGAGAGACCAGAUGCAAGACAACAAGCAAGAGUCCAGGGGGCAGGAACUCAGAUCUCAUAGAAAGCUGGGCAGGGCAAAAGAGUUAGGAAGCGGAAUGGCAUAUAUUGUUCCAGCAGCUGGUAGAUUAAUAUUGUCUGGCCUGCUAGAAUAUGCCACACACCAGCUGCAGGUGCUUAAGUCUGUCCAAAGAGGCCUAUCUCAUGAAGAAUGCUAUUCCUCUAGACUAGAGUCAUGCGUGGUGAUAUUGGCCUCCCAAGUGUGCACACCAUCAUUGACCAGCUGCCUUGGAUCUUCUAAUGCUGAUGCUCCUAAGGGAGAAACAGGGGUGACUUGGUCAGGGACUCCACUGCCAGUGGUGGGUCAGGAGCCCACCCCAAGGGUCCUUCUUGAAGGCAGACCUAGGGAGCAUCUUCAGUGAUGGUGUCAGGGGGCUUUACCUAUUCAUCUGGAUCUUAAGUCAUCAGGAGGUCUCAGUCCUCAAUGGGGAAUUUAUUUAUGGAGUUACACCAAGUCAGACCAGUGGUCCAUUUAGCUUAGUUUUGCCUGCACUGACAGGCACCCAAGCAGCUCUCUUGGGUUUCAGACAGGAAUCUCUCCCAGCCCUACCUGGAAAUGAACCUAGGACCUUCUGUAUGUAAAGCAGAUGCUCUACCACUGAGUUAGGCCCCUUCCCCAUAGGACUGGGGAUGCCCAUGGCAUUUCUUCAAAAUAAAAUCAGUCAGUGUGAGCAUGCAUUAAAAAAUGUUGCUUGUCAUAACAUGUAGGGCCUAUUUUGUACUGUGGCUGUUCUACAUAGACCUCAUUCAAUAUGCUGACUAAUAUGCUUUGGAGUUUGUGCUUGUAGAUGAUAAAAAGGAUGAAACUUUCAUGGGGCAGACUUUCCCCACAGAAGAGUUAAUGCUUGAUAUGCUAACAGUUCUGUUUACACUGCUGGCAACGUCGCUGAAAGCCAGUCCCCCUGCUGCUGCCAAUCAGAGCCUCUCGCAAAGUGAAUGCCUUGUGUGCCUAUUGCAUCAGGUUGUCUGACAUCAGCCAUAAAAUUUCUGGGGGGAAAGGGAGUGUUUGAACCAGUAUGGAAUCCAGCUACAUUGAAGAAAGCAAGGCCCAGAAUGAUGCAAUCUCCUUGAUUUUCUCCCUCAAAGAAGAAGUUGGAGCUUUGGCUAAAGUGCUACGCAUAUUUGAGGAGAAGGGGAUAAACCUGAUCCACAUUGAAUCCAGACCUUCCCGGCUGAACAAAGAUGAGUACGAAUUUUUCAUCAAUCUGGAAAGCAAGAACAUCCCAGCUCUUGAGGGAAUCAUUCAUACACUGAGAGACGACAUUGGAGCAAAUGUCCACGAGCUUUCACGUGAAAAGAGGAAGGAUGCCGUUCCAUGGUUCCCAAGAACGAUUAAAGAACUGGAUAGAUUUGCCAAUCAAAUUCUCAGCUACGGAGCAGAACUGGAUGCCGACCACCCAGGUUUCAAAGAUCCUGUUUACCGGGCCAGAAGAAAGGAAUUUGCAGAUAUAGCGUAUAACUACAGACAUGGGCAGCCAAUCCCCAGAGUGACAUACACCGAGGAAGAGAAGAGAACAUGGGGAACGGUCUUCAGGGAGCUGAAGACCCUGUAUCCCACCCACGCUUGUUAUGAACACAAUCAUGUUUUCCCUCUCCUGGAAAAAUACUGUGGCUAUGAAGAAGACAACAUCCCACAGCUGGAAGAUGUCUCAAACUUCUUGAAAAGCUGCACUGGAUUCCGCCUGCGUCCUGUAGCUGGCCUGCUGUCUUCUCGGGAUUUUUUGGCUGGUUUGGCGUUCAGGGUCUUUCACUCUACUCAAUACAUCCGCCAUUCAUCGCGGCCAAUGUACACGCCAGAACCUGAUGUUUGCCACGAACUCCUAGGACAUGUCCCUCUGUUUGCUGAUCCCAGCUUUGCUCAGUUUUCUCAAGAAAUUGGAUUGGCUUCUCUGGGUGCCCCAGAUGAAUACAUUGAGAAACUUGCUACGGUUUAUUGGUUUACUGUGGAAUUUGGACUGUGUAAAGAAGGCAAUGAGAUAAAGGCAUACGGAGCAGGGCUGCUGUCGUCAUUUGGAGAAUUACAGUAUUGCUUAUCAAAUAAGCCUGCCAUUGAACCUCUCAAUUUGGAAAGGACAGCAGUUCAAAAAUAUCCUGUCACCGAAUUCCAGCCCAUUUACUAUGUUGCUGAAAGUUUCAAAGAUGCAAAGCAAAAGUUAAGGAAAUAUGCCUCAACAAUUUCCCGUCCGUUCUCCGUCCGUUACAACCCAUACACUGAGCGGAUUGAAGUUCUGGACAACACAAAGCAGCUCAAGAAUUUAGCCGAUGCCAUCAGCAAUGAGUUGGGACUUCUUUGCAACGCUCUCCAGAAGAUCAAGUGAAGAUGCUCUCAGAUGCCUUUUGAUGGCUCCAAGAGCCAUGGGGGACGGGGGACGGUACUGGACAGUGAAACAAAUAUCAAACUUUUAAAAAACAAAUGAAGAAAGUCUACCAAUAACUAAUAGCAUGCAGAAAUGUGAUACAUAUUUAAUGUGCUUGUCAUCGCAGUUAUAAUAAAGGCAGGUGAUAGUUUA